GCACGCCGGGGAGGGGGGCGUUGCCAUGGGCGGCAGAGGAGAUCGUGUCUGGUUCAGAUCCCGUUAUGGCGCUCGGUGCUGUACCAGAAGAUCAUCCUUUCAAAGACUUGAUUGACACCUUGGAAAGUGAUGGAAAUGAAAACAGAUUUUUUUUUAACCCGCAGAAGCUCAAUGACCCACGAUAUGAUUUGUUGCCUCUGUCCAUCCGUGUCAUACUGGAAGCUGCAAUCCGGAAAUGUGAUGGAUUCUAUGUGAAGAAGGAGGAUGUCUUUAAUAUACUUGACUGGUGCCAGCAGCAGAGUAGUGCCGAAGUGCCCUUCUCUCCUGCUCGCAUUCUCCUCCAGGAUUUCACGGGUGUUCCUGCCAUGGUGGAUCUGGCUGCUAUGAGAGAUGCGGUGAAGGAGCAGGGCGGCGACCCCAGCCAGGUCAACCCCCUCUGUCCCACCGAUCUCAUUGUUGACCAUUCAAUUCAGAUAGACUUCAGCAAAUGCGCAAUCCAGAACGCCCCAAACCCAGGAGGAGGGGAAGGGCCAGGAGCACCUGCCAGGUCCUCGACAGCCAAACCGCAGCCCCGGAGAAGCCAGUGUGGGAGUCAGAAAAGUUGUAAAGGCUCUUGUAAAGAUGGCCAGGGCGCUGGUACCUCAGGAAGACCUACUGCUGUCCAGAUUGAAAACACCCCGAUCCUGUGCCCCUUCCAUCUGCAGCCUGUGUCCGAACCGGAAGUAGCGUUGAAGAAUCAAGAGAUGGAACUAAGCAGGAACAAGGAGCGGCUGCAGUUCAUUAAGUGGUGCUCAGAGGCUUUUAAAAAUGUGAAUGUGGUGCCUCCUGAAAUGGGGGCUGUGCACCAAGUGAACCUCGAGUAUCUUUCACACGUUGUCCAAGAUGAUGGGAGGUUUCUUUACCCUGACAGUGUAGUGGGGACAGAUUCACACACAACCAUGAUCAAUGGCCUUGGGAUUCUGGGUUGGGGUGUUGGAGGUAUUGAAUCUGAAGCUGUUAUGCUUGGCCAGCCUGUGUCCUUGGCUUUACCCCAGGUUGUUGGAUGCAAGCUAGUUGGAUCCAUUAACACUUUAGCUACAUCUAUAGACAUCGUCCUCGGCAUCACUAAGCACCUUCGACAGGCUGGUAUUGCGGGUAAAUUUGUGGAGUUUUUUGGGCCAGGAGUGUCUCAGUUAUCUGCUGGAGACCGGACUACAAUCGCCAACAUGUGCCCAGAGUAUAAUGCCACUGUGAGCUUUUUCCCUGUUGAUCAUAUAACACUGAAGCACUUGAAACAAACAAAGUUUGACAAAGAGAAACUUGAAUUAAUGGAAGGUUAUCUUAAAGCUGUGAAACUGUUUAGAAGUUAUGAGGACCCAUCAGAAGAUCCACAUUAUUCUGAGGUGAUAGAGAUAAACCUCAGCUCCAUCAUUCCCCAUGUGAGUGGCCCUAAGAGAUCUCAGGACCGAGUGGCUGUUACCAGCAUGAAGCAGGAUUUUUUGAACUGUCUAAAUGAGAAGGUUGGCUUUAAAGGAUUUCAUGUUCCAUCUGAAAAACAGAACACAGUAGUGUCUUUUCAGCAUGAAGGAGCAGAGUACGAGCUUGCCCAUGGCUCUGUUGUCAUCGCUGCUGUGAUCAGCUGCACAAACAACUGCAACCCGUCCGUCAUGUUGGCAGCAGGGCUGCUGGCGAAGAAGGCAGUGGAGGCAGGCCUGGUUGUUAAACCUUACAUAAGAACCAGCUUGGCACCUGGGAAUGGAAUGGUGACUCACUACCUCAGUGCCAGUGGCGUUUUACCUUACCUCAGUCAGCUCGGGUUUGAGGUUAUUGGUUAUGGAUGUGCCACCUGUGUUGGAAACACAGCUCCGCUUCCAAAUGCUGUCAUUGAAGCGAUUAAAGAGGGAGACUUAGUCGCAUGCGGCGUGCUGUCUGGAAACAGGAACUUUGAGGGUCGUCUGUGUGAAUGCGUGCGUGCCAACUACCUUGCCUCCCCACCUCUUGUGGUAGCUUAUGCCAUAGCUGGCACUGUUGGCAUAGACUUUGAGAUGGAGCCUUUGGGCAAGAAUUCAGAUGGUAGAGAGAUUUACCUGCGUGAUGUCUGGCCCACUAGAGAGGAACUCCAGCAGACAGAGGAGCAGAGUGUCAUCCCAUCCAUGUUCAGAGAGCUGAAAGAGAGGAUGGAGAAAGGAAACAAGCUCUGGAAUGGUCUUGAAGCACAAGAAAGUGUCACAUUCUCUUGGGAUCCAAAAUCUACAUAUAUUAGAUGUCCUUCAUUUUUCCAGAAACUUACCAAAGAGCCAGCUGCUCCACAGUCUAUUGAGAAUGCCCAUGCCUUGCUCUUCCUGGGAGACAUGGUUACAACAGAUCACAUUUCUCCUGCUGGAAGUAUAGCUCGCACAAGCGCCGCUGCAAAAUACCUGAUGAGCAAGCGACUGACUCCUCGAGAGUUUAAUUCUUAUGGGGCUCGCAGAGGAAAUGAUGCUGUGAUGACUAGAGGCACUUUUGCCAGCAUCAAGUUGCAGAAUCGCUUUAUUGGAAAGACGGGGCCUAAGACACUGCAUAUUCCAUCAGAACAAAUUCUCGAUGUCUUUGAUGCAGCAGAAAAAUACCAGAGGGAAGGGAUCCCUGUGAUCAUUCUGGCAGGAAAGAAGUAUGGGUCUGGAAGCUCUCGAGACUGGGCUGCCAAAGGACCUUAUCUCUUGGGUGUGAAAGCCGUAAUAGCAGAGAGCUUUGAACAAAUGCACAAAAACCAUCUGGUUGGCAUUGGGAUAGCUCCUCUUCAGUUCCUGCCUGGAGAAAGUGCCGAUGUGCUAGGACUGUCUGGAAAGGAGAAAUUCUCUGUGUCGAUUCCAGAAGACCUCUCCCCACGACAGGAGCUGACAGUAAAGGCCAGCACCGGGAAGACUUUCAAAGUUAUUGCUCUCUUUGAAAGUGAAAUGGAUAUUGUUUUUUACAAGCAUGGUGGCAUCCUUAAGUAUGUAGCUCGCAAAAUGUUACAACAUUUACCGUGAUGGAGCCUAUUCAACACAAAGCCUUCAACAACAGCAAGUGCUGUCUUGUAUCUGCUGAGUUGUUUGUAGAUUAUGCAAAUUAUAGCAUACUUUCAUUUUGUGAUUCACUUCUUCUAAAUGAAGAAUCCUAAGAUAUAUAAACUUUCAGACAACAAGACAGUUACACUGUAGAAAUGAGAAGUGGACGGCCUUUUGACUGCCAGAACACCUUGAAUGGAAAACUCAAGAUCCAGCUUGAACAUUGUCCAUGUUUUCUUUUCUCCAUACCAUCACUUCCAGAUGCCUUCCUUUCACAUGAAACAUAUCCAAUAUACUUUGUUUUGGUAACUGUGAAAUCAUUUUUUGGACUGUUUGUGUAUGUCUUGAAUCACUGAGAAGAACGACUGACUUCCUUAAUAGUUCAUAUUGAUGUGAAGAAUGUGUCAAUUUAAAAUCUGAAGCCAGAUCACUGUCGUUAGAACAGGUUUUACAGGAGUCUGUCUGAUCUAAAUCCUCAUAGCACUUUCAGAGAGAUUCAAGAUAAUUAAACCUUUUUGUUUCCUGCC